AUGGUCAAUCUGGGCGAGUAUGUUAUUCAAUACUCUGGAAAUGGCUCUGUUCUUCGCUGCCUUGCAGUUGCUGAUCGCAAUUCUUCAGGCUCUCCGGGGCAAUUAGAAGCUUUAAGACUAGCUUUGGAGCUUGCUCACACUCAGGGGAAAGUUCAUCUCUAUGAUAGGAUUCGCCAAAUAGUCACAAACCAUUUAUAACUAUUAGCAUCAAUCAGGAACUUCUUUUCUUGCAUAAAUUAUCAUAUUUUUUAUAUUAAAAUAAUAAAGCUGAUGUAAUUAAAAUUCCUAUUACUACUAAUAGUAUAGGAGAUCUCAGCUUCCUAAAUUCAGACCACUAUAUGUCCAACGACUCUUUCAAAGACUGGGAACUCCAAUUCAAAGAGCAAAUCGAAAGAAAAGAGCUUGCAGUUAACCAGGCCAAAAAUGCAGGGCUCAAAGACUCAAUGAAAAUAAGUAUUAUCGAAGAAGGCGACAUGUUUCUAGAUGCAGGAGAGCCUGGGCUUGCUUUAAAGACCUAUAUGAGGCUUAAAGACAUUCAGAGCACCAAAGAUCAACAAUAUGAGUUAUAUACCAAAAUUGCCAGAGCAGCCCUGCAAAAAUCGAACUUUUCUUAUGCCCAGAAUAUCUGUCAAAAAGCGAUAUCAGUAGGAACCGCUUCAUUGCCUCUGAAAUCUGUGGUUCAAGCUAUUGUUGGAGUUUGCCAUCUGGAAAGCAAAAACUAUAAGCAAGCAGCUCGUGCACUUUUGGAGGUAAGACAAGGACAGCUUUACCAUGAAUUUCUUACUGACUCUGAUAUAGCGAUAUAUACUUCUUUGUGUGCUUUGAUAUCAUUUGACAGAUCUGAAGUGAAAAAUGAAAUAUUGAAGUCUAAGACUUUUGGGACAUUUCUGGAAGAAGAACCAAGAUGCAUUGAAAUUCUAGAUGCUUUCUUAUCGUGCAGAUAUUUCGAUUUGAUACAGAAAUUGAAUUUGAUUAGAGAUAGCUUGAAAUAUGACUUGUUUAUAGGCACUAAAUUGUCAGAUAUUUACUUACUCGAUAUAUUGAGCUUAAAAAAAAAAUUUAUUUUUUAGAUUUUUUUGAUAAUUUAUUUAUUUUUUUAUUAAAUAGCUCGAGAAGCCAUUUUAAAUCGCUGAGAAACAAUACCUUAAGAGGUGAAGUAGCAAAAAUGGAAAUGACAACAACAUUUUUCUGAUAAGUACAGAUAAAAUUUGAUAAAUUUUAUCUAUAGGUUCUAUUUGUCAAGCCAAGCAUGAACUUGCCAUUAAAAUAUCAUCAGCCUGGCUUUUCAGAUCGCUACUUUACCUCUUUAGAUGUUGGUCCAGAGUAUCCAAAAAAAUAAUGCGAUAUAUAACCUUUUAUAUUUUUUAAAAAAAUGCUUUAAAUAGAUAUGGGAGUUAGAGAUCAAGAACAGAGCUAUUGCUGACUUUUUGAAGCCUUUCAAAAGGGUGAAACUAGAUGUUUUGGCUCAUGCAUUUAAUAGCAGUGUAGAAGAUAUCGAGAAGCAAGUUGCAAGACUUAUUAUGGACGGGACUGUGGAAGCAAGAAUAGAUAGUCUUAUUAUCUUCUUAUUAGAUAGACGGGCUCGUGCCCUUUAAUUUUUAACGAAAUCACCGAGGAUCCCCUGGGGGAUUCACCCGCUUUGCGACCUUCCUUCCGUCCGGUCUCCUCCUUGCUUCUUGUAAAAAGCUCCAGUGUUGAGUGGGGCAGGCUACGGGUUUGUGCGGCCUCCUGAGGUUGUGGAAUACGAGGUUGGCAUUCCGAAAUCCCAAAAAAUGGAAUUUCUGGUAGCCUGUCGGCAAAAAGGGUUAAGUUCAGAUCCUGGGACGUAACGCCCAGUUUCACGCUAGGCAAUUGCCCGAUUUAUCUAGGUAUUCCCUGUAGACCAGACCUUGCUGGGCUUGCCUUUCCAAAUAAGACCCUCCUUUUCCUGGAGGUAAAAACUAGUCUCGAAGUUGGGCUUGGGCUAGGCUCUGCUUCCUGCAGAAUUGGUUACCAUAGCAUUGCUGCCCACUUCAAGGCUAGAAAAACCUUGCUGGAUAUAAUUAAAUAUGUGUCGAGGCUGUAUGGCCGAGAGGCCAUACCGAGACGAAGACGACAUAUUUCAUUAUAAGAAUAGAUAGUCACAAUAAAAUCAUUCAGAGUAGAUUUGCUAACGAAAAAAUAGUCACUUAUAGAGAAGCCCUGAAUAUGGGAAAGCGGUUUCUGAGAAAUAACGAAUCAAUGCUUUUAAGAAUGAACAUGGUCCAGCAAAAGCUCAUUGUCAAAGAAGCGAAAAAAGGGCAGAGAUAA